CACAUUCCUUCCAACCUGCUUCCAUCCACCACGGUUCUCAUUCAGCAAUCUGCCACCACGAACGCACUUCUCCGCUCCUCAUUCCGUCGGCGCUCGCUCCUUCCAACUCUCUGCGUGCGUACGAUGACAUCCACUUCAAAUAAUCCCCUUCUCGCGGACUGGUCCGUGCGCCCGUUCUCGUUCCCACCUUUCGAAGAAAUCAAAGCAUGCCACUUUCAACCUGCGUUCGAAUACACCAAAGCAAAGCACUUGGAAGAACUGAAGCAAAUUGCCAACAACCCCGAGGAACCCACGUUCGACAACACGAUUAAGACGUUUGAUCGUGCCGGUGCCCUCUUCAAACGUGUUGAAGGUGUGUACUACAACCUCACAGCGUCCUACUGCCCUCCGGACCUCCAAGCUGUUGAAUCGGAGCUCGCUGGGCCGCUGGCCGAGCAUUCGUCGAAAGUUACGACAUUCCCUGGGCUCUUUGAACGCAUCCAACAUGUAUACAAUGACCGUAACUCGGCUGGGUACACCCCUGUGCAAGUCCGCCUCGUCGAACGUUUCUAUUUGGACUUUGUUCGCGAAGGCGCGCUCUUUGACAAAGAAACACAAGACAAAUACAACGCGAUUGUGAAGGAAUUGGCGGAAUUGACGACGCAUUUCCGUCAACAAGUCACCACUGACGAAAGCGAAGUCACGGUCCCUGUUACUUUGGCCGAACUCGAAGGUGUGCCUACCGACAUUGUUGCGGCCGCUCGCCAAGCUGCUGCGGACCGGAACUUGGACGGCCAUGUGAUCACCCUUGGCCGAUCCCUCGUCGAACCUUUCCUCACAUUCUGCCCCAACCGCGACGCCCGCGAGCGCGUGUGGAAGGCAUGGACGUCCCGUGGAGAGCUCUCCCCCGAUCGCGACAACUUGAGCGUAGCGGUGAAGAUUCUCAAGCUCCGAUCGCAGCAAGCAAAGCUGCAUGGAUACAAAAACUUUGCGGAUUACCAGACCGUAGACACGAUGGCGCAAACCCCAGAAAAGGUGCUAGAGUUAUUGAACCGCGUGUGGACUCCUGCCAAAGUCGCUGCCAACAAGGAGCGCGAAGUCUUGUCUGCCUACGCCGUGUCCAAGGGUGAAAGCGCUGAAGUCCGCGCGUCCGACUGGCGAUUCUACUCAGAGAAGGUUCGCGCGGCGAAGUACGACCUGGACGACGCCAUCGUCAAGCCCUACUUUAGCUUGGAGCGCAUGGUUGAAGCCGUGUUUGACGUGGCGAACCGACUGUACGGCCUCACGUUUGAGCUCCGUCAAGACUUGAAGACAUACCACCCGGACGUGCAGGUGUACCAAGUGAAGGGUCCGUCGGGCGACAUUGUGGCGCUCUUUUUGCAUGACAACUUUGCGCGCCCGCACAAGAACAGCGGUGCUUGGAUGAGCGAGUUCCGAUCGCAGAGCCGCAAUAUUGACGACAUCAACACGUCUGAAAUCCCUAUCGUGAUCAACAACAACAACUUCACCAAGGGCAACCCGACGCUUCUCUCGUUUGACGACUGCGUCACUCUCUUCCAUGAAUUCGGUCAUGGGUUGCACGGCAUGCUCUCGGACGUGACGUACCAGCGCCUGGCCAGCACGAACGUGCUCAAGGAUUUUGUCGAGUUGCCGUCCCAGCUCAUGGAACACUGGGUGCGUCAGCCCGAAGUUUUGGCCGUCCACGCCCGCCACUAUAAAACGAACGAACCGAUCCCGGCCGAGUUGCUGGCCAAGGUCAUGGCCGCGCUCAAGUUUCAACAAGGGUUCGCCACCGUCGAGUACACUGCGAGUGCAUUGGUCGACCAGGCGCUGCACGCAAUUGAAGACGUCGACGGCCUCGAUUUGACAGAGUUUGAAAAGGCCACACUCAAGAAACUCGAGAUGCCGCCGGGCAUUGUGAUGCGCCACCGCAUUCCCCACUUUAGCCACCUGUUUGCGUCGUCAAGCUACGCGUCGGGGUACUACGUGUACUUGUGGGCCGAAGUUCUCGACGCCGACGCUUUCCAAGCGUUUGUCGAAACAGGCAACAUCUUUGACAAGGGCACGGCCGACCGUGCCAAGAAGUUUAUUUACUCGGCCGGCAACACGCGAGACCUCAUGGAAGGGUACCGACUCUUCCGUGGCCGCGACCCCAAUAUCGAAGCGAUGCUGAUCAAGAAAGGGUUGAUUUAAGCUAUCGGUACACACACGCCAUGGUCCAUUUGUUUUCUGCUCCA